CUGAAAGGCGGAAGGUAACGUGGCCAUGAUCCUCUCCGUUAUAUGAAUUAACAACGCUUACCCACGCUGCCGUAUUUCCUCUCCGUCAAACGCAUUAUUAUGGUCCAGCUCCUAACACGGCGACGCGCUUGGAGGUGAAACACGGAAGAGGCCGAGGACAACUCCGCCAUGGCGGCCACAUAUGGCUUCAAAGCCUGCCGGAAAAUUGGCGGUGCGCAGAUACGAAGUCUCCUGGAGGCGAAGGAGUUCUUCCUGUUUGACUGCGACGGGGUCCUGUGGCACGGUGAGAAGGCCGUAGCGGGCGCAGUCCAGGUGGUCAACUCGCUCAUGAGGCAGGGCAAAAACGUCGUGUUCGUCACCAACAACUCGACCAGGCCGCGCGAAAAGUACGUACACAAGUUCUACCGGCUGGGCUUCACCGCCGUCGCUCUGGAGCACAUCUUCAGCUCGUCGUACUGCUCGGCCCUCUAUUUGCGGGACGUGGCCAAGCUGCGCGGUCAAGUGUUCGUCGUCGGCUGCGACGGACUCCGGGACGAGCUCCGGGAGGCGGGAAUCCCCUGCGUGGAGGAGGCGGACGAACCGGACGCCACCAUUUACGACUGCGACCUGGCCGCGGACGUCAAGGCGGUGCUGGUGGGCCACGACGACAAACUGACGUUCCUCAAGCUGGCCAAGGCGUCGUGCUACUUGAAGGACCCGAACUGCUUGUUUCUGGCAACCGACAACGACCCCUGGCACCCGCUGUCAAGUGGAAGGAUACUGCCAGGUUCUGGAUCCCUCAUGGCAGCCCUCGAGGUGGCCUCGGGCCGCAAGGCCACAGUUAUCGGCAAGCCAAACCGCUACAUGUUUGAGUGCAUCUCCAGCCAGUUCCCGGGCAUGGACCCGGCCCAGUGCCUAAUGGUGGGCGACCGCCUGGAGACCGACAUGCUGUUCGGCUCCAACUGCGGCCUGGACACCAUGCUGACCCUCACUGGGGUGUCCCAGAUGGAGGAGGCCCACCAGUAUGAGAAUAGUGAGGAGUACCAGAGCCUGGUGCCGGACUAUGUGGUGGACACCAUCGCUGAUUUGUUGUCUGCAUUUGAGUAGUUGCAAGUGCAGAGCAACUAACUGAUCAGUGCAGUGUGUGAAAAAAACGCAAUUGACACCUCCUCACCCAUCCUUAAAAAUCGCUUACAAAUUGUUUUGAGAAAAAAAAAUCACCCUCAGUACAUGCGCAGGGAGUAAAGAAUCUCUGCACCAACCCAGGCUAAACUCAGCUCCUCCCUGACAUAAAAGUGUCUGUUAAAAUGUUUCAUAACAUAUUUUGAGAGGGUUUUGGUGUCAUGUUGUGGCAUCUAAGGAUAUAUCAGGAAGGGCACAAAAACUGAUCUUCAGCAAAUUGCAAAGGAUGGGUGGGGGUGGGGUUUCCUGUGUGAAUUUCUGAAUGAUGAACUACUGUAAUUUCAAGCAUACCUCAAUGUUAAGCGUCCUAGCCAUUUGUGACCAAUUGUUUCAGCAUUUCUAUUGCACCUUCUAUGAGCUUUCAUGUCUUGAUACCAGAUGAGUAUUUAUGGUGGAGGGAGCGACGAGUGAACGUUUCAUUUUAGCCUGGAAGCACCAACGUCACAACUACCGGUAAUUGUAUAUCAACAGCAUUUCUCCAUUUGACAAUCUGUCAGUCACAUGUGCCAAUACAGUAUUACAAUUUACUGGCUGCAGUGAAGCCAUUAAUUGAGGGAUUAUUUUUUACCUCUUAUAAAGCCUGUCACAUGGAUGUCAGUGACCACAUCACUUUCGUGAUUAUUCAGUGUUAGCAUAGAGCAUGUUGGCAACAAUAAAAACUGCAUUUAUGCUAAA